UUUUUAAUACAAAAUGGCGUCAAAGCAACAAAGCCGAGAGGAGCUAGAUGAGAAGGCCAGGCAAGGAGAGACCGUCGUCCCUGGUGGUACCGGCGGCAAAAGCCUAGAAGCUCAAGAGCACCUGGCUGAAGGACGGAGCAAGGGAGGGCAGACGAGGAGGGAGCAGCUAGGGCACGAGGGUUAUCAAGAGCUGGGACACAAGGGAGGAGAGACUAGGAGGGAGCAGCUGGGGCACGAGGGUUAUCAAGAGCUGGGACACAAGGGAGGAGAGACUAGGAGGGAGCAGCUGGGGCACGAGGGUUACAAGGACAUGGGACAAAAAGGUGGAGAGACCAGGAAGGAGCAGUUGGGGCACGAGGGUUACAAGGAGAUGGGACGCAAAGGAGGACUCAGUACCAUGGACAAAUCUGGUGGACAGCGUGCGGAGGAAGAAGGGAUUGAGAUCGAUGAGUCCAAGUUCACCAACAAGUGAUAGUAGCUCGAAACUAUCUACUAGUGUCCCCGCUGCAACGUCAUGUAUUAUAUAAUCUGAAUAAGUAACCUCUAGGUUCCGUGU